CUCUCCCUCUUCUUCUUCCUCCUCCUCUUCCUCUCUCUCCUCCUUCAAGGAAUAGCAAAGAUUCAUACCUCACUGCAACACUUUUACCUACCAACCCUUAUAGAAGUACAUAUAUACCUUACAGCUAUCUUUCUCUACCACCUUAGAGUUACUUACCUUUGGUCUAGCUUUUCUACCUUAGAGUUGCCUUCCCCUAGCUCUAUCUACCUUAGAGUAUCUUCCCCUAGCUUUCUAUACUUAAUCCAUUCAUUCAGGCAACCCUACACGAUAGCUAUUCUGUUGACCCACAGUGGCCUU